CAACGGAUAUAGUGUGUCAUAAAAAAAUACUGUACAUUACAGCGGGGUGUGAAAGUGAGCGCUAGUAGGAUGGAUCAAUAAAAGAAGCGACCCAUACGGACGCCAUAUUGACCAAAACAAAAUGGCAGAACAAGAGAAUAGUUGACAAAGUCUGCAGGCUUUCGUUGACAGAUGUCUUCUCGUGACACGAUAAAUCCGCAACAACGACUUUUAGAUCUGCUCCGGUGCUCGCGGGUCGCCCCCUCAUGGACGCUGCCAUGUUGACGUCACAUGACCAGCUCUGACAAACGAUCCACUUUGCACAGGGCCACUCUUUUGAAUCACUAUGAUCAAGUUCCUACUUAUGGUCAACAAACAGGGGCAGACCCGCCUGUCCAAGUAUUAUGAACAAGUGGAGCUUGGGAAGAGAGCGGCUCUGGAAGCUGAUGUGGUCAGGGGAUGCCUCGCGCGGAGGAAGGAAGAGUGCUCAUUUGUGGAGUACAAGGACUACAAACUAGUCUAUCGACAGUACGCUGCACUUUUCAUAGUUGUGGGCAUCACUGAAAAUGAGAAUGAACUCUCAAUCUAUGAGCUUGUGCACAACUUUGUAGAGGUGUUAGACAAGUAUUUCAGUCGUGUGAGUGAGCUGGAUAUCAUGUUCAAUUUAGAUAAAGUACACAUUAUACUUGAUGAAAUGAUCCUGAAUGGACACAUUGUGGAGACAAAUAAGAACCGGAUACUGGCACCACUACUGGCCCUGGACAAGAUGGCUGAAAGCUGAUCCACUGCUAAUGAGAUCUCAUUAAUGUUCUGUUCCAAAUGAUAAAUAAAUGUUUUUUACUAGUCUAAACUUAGGAUUCAUCUUCCAUUCUUCUACAAAAUUGUUUGACAUAAUUUUGAUGUGACCUGUAAUAAUCCCAAUGCAUUGUCAAAGUUCCUCCUAAAUACAGAACUACAAGAAAAUCCCCAGAACUAAAUACAACGAAAUGUAAAUCACAUUCAGGAAGGAAAGAGCAAACAAGACAGUGUUGGUACUUUGCAAACAUUUUAAUGAUUAUUUUUGGAGCAUACACAUUUGAAAAUAUUUGUUUACUUCAAACUGCAACUUGAGUUAAAUAAUGUUUAUAAUAUACAAAGAAAAUACAAGGGAAAGCACAGCUUGCUUUUUGCUUUGUCUUUUUUUCUUUUUUUAAAUGUGCCUUGCACACAGAACCAGUGUUUCUGUAUCUAUAGCUUUAUUGUAAAAUUGCACAAAUGCACUCAGGGACUUUGAUCCUUUAGCAGGGCAAUGAACAGUUGAAAACAUACUCGCACAGUAACGGAAGCAAAAAAGGAAAAAAGAAAAGCAUGUGCAUGAUUGUAUGCAGACAGAUGAAGUAAAACAAAGGAAA